AUGGGGAUGGGGAGGGGCACCCCCAGCGCCAUCAGGAAGCCCUCACCCUCUGCUGGCCAGGCGGAUGAAGCGGUGCUGGCUGCCACCUCUAACCUGGACCUCGAGAGCAAGAAAGCCGCCCACACCAAGCUGUCAUGGCAGCAGCCGGUGAACGUCUUCCUGGCGGCCGGGCGCCCGCCGGGCAUGGAGCAGCUGCACCAGGAGGCCCAGCUCAACCUUCAGAGCUUGCUGCAAGAGGAGUAUGAGGAGCAGUACGCCGAGAGCAGGGUCCCCGGGCAGACCUUCCGCGCCGCCGGUCACCUGCCCCCCGACACCCCGCCCGAGCCGUCGCCCCGGCCCCCGCCCGCCAAGCGCCUCGACUUCCCCCCGACCCGGCGAGCAACUGAAGAGGAGACUGCUGGCACGACCGCGCUCGGCGCUCGGCCGCCUGACGCCUCCCUGAGCCUCCCCACCAGCCCGGACAAGCAGCCAGCCUGGAGCAGGGCCUUCCCCCUGCCCACCGUGGAGGAGAAGCAGUGGCACCAGUCCUGCUCCAUCCAAACCAACAUCGUCCCCAUCAAUGUCUCGGGGCAGCACUUUGCUAGGCACGCGAGUGCUCGUCACUCCCUGUUUAACACAGAGACCGCGAUGAACCCCAAGUCCACCCUGCGGCGUAGACGGACCGUUAUCGGAUUCCCUAACCUGUCCCUGCGAGACCAAGGUGACGGCAAGAACCGCGCAGCCACUUUCGUGCCCCGGCAGCGCCUGGGCAGGGCUGUCACCCGCUGGAGCUGCUCUGACGGUGGCACCAACGGCCCCACGUUCAACACGCACUCGCCCAUCACCGAGUCCCUCUCCUGCAGCUUCGUGCCCGAGGCCGCGAGCGGAGGGAAGGCGCCCCAGGAGAUCGGCCCCCGCCAGCCCCUCUCUGCCCCGCUGAGGAAGACCUUCAGCGACCUUGGGGCCCGCUGCUGCCAGCCGCCCGCUGCCAUGGACAACGCAGCCACCCCCUGCGCCGGCACCUGCAACGGGCCGCAGGGUACCCCCUUCCCCCCGCCCUGGAGCGCCCUGGGCCACACAAGUCCCCCCAGCCCCGCCACCAGCCAGGGCAAGGGGCCCACCUGCACCUCGCCGGGCGGCUCCAGCCCGUCGCCCAGCCCGGGCUCGCCUGCCGCCGCCGCCUCCGCCUCCUUCUUCAUCGCCACGGAGGAGCACGUGGGCAGCAAUGGGCCUGGCUCCUUCUCCGGAACGGUGCCUGAGUCCCCCCCCAGCUCCGGGGGUGGCCAGAGGUGCGAGGGCCUGGAAGCCAAGGUGAACUUCUUGCCGGGAAGCCAAGGGGAGCCGGAGCCGGUGGUGGAGCCAGUGCGGCUGGAGGUGGAGCGGGCAGGGUGCUGGUUCCGCGAGCGGUCGCUGUCGGUGCCCACUGACUCAGGCUCCCUCUGCUCCGUGGACAUCGCGUACGCCGAGACCCGGCGAGGCAGCGCCAACUACGCCCUGGGCUACCCCAGCGCCAGCUCCGAGGGCAGCACCAGCACCGACAAUGUCUCCUUGGGGCUGGAGCAGGAGGGGCAGCGGCGGCGGCGCUCCAAGAGCAUCUCCCUCAAGAAGGCGAAGAAGAAGCCCUCGCCGCCCACACGCAGCGUCUCUCUGAUUAAAGAGGGGCAGGAUGCCGACGCAGGGCCCGGCUUGGCGCUGCCCAAGGAUCAGCGACCCAAGAGCCUGUGCAUCCCACCAGAGCCCCAGGGCCACCGGCUGGUGCACUGCGACCCCCAGGGGAGCGUGGGGAGGGAACCCGACGGCACGGCCGCCCCCCACCAGUGGCAUCUUGCAGACUGGAAGGCUGGCGAUCCCUACCGGUCCCUCUCCAGCUCGAGCACGGCCACAGGGACCACGGCCAUCGAGUGUGCCAAGGCACAGGGCAGCUCUGAGUCCCUCACGUCUCCCUCCGUCUCCAGGGCCACGACACCCUCGCAGCUCUCUGCUGAGGCCGACCUGAAGACCUCCUCCCCAGGCAGGCCCACAGGGCUGAUGUCCCCAUCCAGCGGGUACUCCAGCCAGUCGGAGACCCCGACUCCCACCGUUCCCACCUCCGCCAUCCUCGGGCACUCCCCGCACCAGGUGCGGGUGAGGCCACUGGUCCCCGAGAGGAAGUCCUCGCUGCCCCCGACAUCCCCCAUGGAGAGGAGCCCCAAGUCCAGGCUGUCCUUCGACCUGCCGCUCACGCCGCCUGCCCACCUUGACCUCUCGGGACUGAAGAUCUCCCUGAAGGGGAAGACGAAGGUCAGCCGGCACCACUCCGACUCCACCUUUGGCACCAAGCUGGCCCAGAAGACCAGCCCCAUCACGCCCAUCAUGCCGGUGGUCACGCAGUCCGACCUGCGCUCCGUCCGCCUCCGCUCCAUCAGCCGCUCGGAGCCGGAGGACAACGCCGAUGGCCCAGAGCACACCGAGGAGCCAGCACGUGCUCCCUGCCUGGGGCCGGAGAGGAAGGUGAAGCCGCCCGUAGCAGAGAAGCCACUGCUGGCCAAGCGGCCCCCGAGCAUCCUGCCCAAGCCCCCAGCUCUGCGGGAGGAGGGUCCCCUGUCCCCCACGUCCCCGCCGGGUGCCACCACCAAGGAGAAGGGGCUGCUGCAGGAUGGCUUCGUGGUGCUGCGGAAAGGGGAGCUGAGGAGGGGUCCGGGGGAGUCCCCCUCACCCCUGACCCCGGCGGGACCCCGGCGGCUCUCGCAGGGCAGCCUGGAGGACGAGUCGCGGCCGGAGCGGAGCGGUGCUGGCGAGAGGGAGCGGAGGAAGGCCAAGGUGCCACCACCAGUGCCCAAAAAACCCAGCGUGCUCUACCUGCCGCUCACCCUGGCCCCGUCGCAGCUGGGAGCUGGCAUGGGGGACCAGGCGCCCACCCCCAGCCCCAUCAUCACGCUUGACGCCGACCCCACCUGCUGCAACCCCGACACCGAGGACCCGCCAUCCCCGGAGGCCCAGGGCACAGCACAAGCCGGCGACCCUGCCUGGGAGCAAGGCAGCUCGGCGGAGGCCGGCAUGGAGGAGAAGAGCUUCGCCAGCGACAAGACGGCCGACUCCAUCGUGGAGGAGGAUGACGACGUGUUUGUGACGUCCCGCACCACGGAGGAUCUCUUCACCGUGAUCCACAGGUCGAAGAGGAAGGUCUUGGGGCGGAAAGAGCCUGGUGACAGCUUUAGCAGCCGGCCCAACUCCCACUCGCCCGUAAAGACUUCAGGCUCCCCAACCGGCGAGUCCCCGGCAGCAGCGGGCAGCACCGGGAAGUCUUCCAGCAGGAACGAAGACUUUAAAGCCCUGCUCCAGAAGAAGAGCAGCAAAACCAGCCCCGGUACCCGGCCAUCUGCUGCCGAACUGCUCAAGACCACAAACCCACUGGCUAGGAGGGUCAUGACGGAGUUUGCCCCCGAGCUGGACGGUGCAAACAGCCCCAAAAGCCAGCCUUAA